UCAUCCCAUACUUUUCUGGUACCUAUGAUACUAGGCUCUUUGUAUUUAAAGAUACGCAGUUGGCUAAUGAGAAAUAUUUUUGCUACAAUUUUUUUUCUAUUCAAUCCCUAAUUUUAAAAAUUCGUAUCGACCAUUGAAUAAAGGGGUAUAUAAUAAACGAGUUUUAUAGUAUCAUUAGUGGUUCAUGUAUUAUAUCCCAAAUCUUUACAGGUUAAUCUGAAUCGAAGUUAAUUAAAUAUAGCAUAGAAUUAAAAGCAGUAUUAUGCACAAUAAUGUAUGUGCUCUUGAUUCUAUAAAUAUCAUAAGAAAUUAACAAAGAGAUCAAACUUUCCUUCGAUUCUAUAAAAGUUUGUAUUGUCGUUCUGCACGCAAAGCUUGAAACCCAGGAAACUCUAUCGGUCUAGCAUUACUAAUGCAAGAAAUUCUUACAUGGUAGACGGUUACCAGAAUAUUUAACGGAGUCAAGAAAAGCGCAGGUGCACCUUCAUACACAUUACACUCGAUACAAGCUCUGUCCGAAAGCUCCGUGGCAUUUGGUUCGUCAGCUUAGAAUUGUGGAGCUUGCAAAUGGACGCAGCAGUAUGGACAGUGGUUGCCGUGUAAAUUUUAUUAUAAAUGUCAUGAAUUAAAAUUAAUUUCGUAGAAUCCUUUUUCCAAGAUCAUUUACUCUUAACAAACAGUAAUAAAUACUUAUUUAAAAAAGACUGAUCGAAAGUUUUUACCGAAAUGGAAAAUCAGGAGUCAUUCGAUGAAAUGAUACGGGUGAAUCUUUUUCUUCUGAAAUUCUCAGGAAUAAUUCGUGCGUCCGUAGGCAAAAUAUCCCUGACAGAAAUCUUGUCAGUUUUGGCAUUUGGACUUUUGGCAGCAAUGUCUUGCUCCUAUUUAAGGGAUCUGCUGCUAACUGAUAAUAUGGAAGUGGCGAUGCAAUCUUUGGCAUUUAUGAUUACUGGCUUCGGAAAUACCUUACAUUAUAUACUGAUAGCUAAAAGUCGUGCAAAGCUUUGUGACGUAUUGGCAACGUUCGAGGAUCUUUGGGGGCUCUUGGAAGUUCAAGAGAAACGAGUGCUAAUGUCUUACGUCAGGGACGCCAAGAAACUCACGUAUUUCUUUAUGUCACAGUGUGCAGCCACCGUUUUUUUAUACGUUGGAGCACCGGUUAUUUUUGGAAAUGGUUUUGUCAGGGUCAAUGGAAAUAUUACGGAAAGGAUGUUACCAUAUUCAUUGAUCUUUGAAUGCAAAGACUCACCCUGCUAUGAAAUCCUUUAUAUUCUACAGAUACUAACGGUUAUCAACAUAGCUAUCACGUAUAUCGGUGUUGAUACCAUUGGUCCUGUUUUAAUUUUGACUGUCAGUGGCCAUAUGAAGAUUAUCCAAAAUCGAAUAAUGUCAUUGGGAUCGUCCGAGGAAUUUGAAAAUUUCAAAAACGACAAAGUGAAGCGAAUAUCUGAUUACGAAAUUUCGCAUUUUCAGUAUUUUGGGAAAUCUUUCGAAGCCUGUGUCAAGUAUCAUCAGACUGUUCUAAAACUUUGCAAGGACAUCGAAAAAGUCACGAACAAAGCUUUUCUCGUGCAACUAAUAACGAGCACGUACAGCAUUUCGGCGAUUGGUUUCAAGAUGGUUGGGAACGAUUCCGACAAAUCGAAGUACGUUACGCAAAUUGUACUUUCGUUGGUUCAGCUGUUCCUUUGCAAUUGGCCUCCCGAUGUUCUUCAGAACGAAAUAUUAAUUCAUUUCAAGAGCCAGGCAGUGGCGUAUGCUGCAUAUUUUAUGCCCUGGUAUCGUUGCAGCAGAGACGUCAAAAAAUCCACGGAAAUCAUAAUAAUGAGAGGGCAACGUGUUGUUCGUUUAACAGCUGGUAAUUUCGUCGACCUGUCAUUGGAGACAUUUAUUAGGAUGGUUUCGUCGGCAUUGUCUUUUUUCACACUCCUCAGAAGUAUCGAGUGAAUUUCACAUGUACACAUGAAAAAGAGUUAAAAUGAAUCAAAUCUUUAUUUAAGUUCAUUCAAUGGUAAAAUCAUGAAAAUAAUACAGUUGAGUAGGGGUAAGCUAAGGGAUGCUAAAAAAUAAAGGACUUACUGGUGCGAUAA